AGGUAAAUUCAAAGGCAUGACUGAAGACACCUAAAUGCUAAGAUGACAUUAUAGUCUGGCACUUGAGUAUCAGUUACUACGUGAGCAGCGUGUUAAUGAUUUAUGCACAUUAUAUAAUUAGGACAACCAUAUGACAUGAAGAUAUUUUUACUCCAAUUAGUAAGAAAACUGAGAAUCAGAGACCUUGAAUAACCGGAGCAAGACUAUCAGGCCGGUUAGUGGCUCAGCUUUUAGAGCUUUGGAAACCAGUUAAGCUGAGGGUCCCAGGGCUAACGUUAGGCUAGGGCGGCACACUAACAAUUGCUGGAGCUUAACUCAGCUUAUCCUAGACACGGCCCUUGCCCAGUGCCCACGAAUCCUCGGGGCCCAGUUUAGUCGCCAGAAACUCAGGCCCCGCCUCUUCGGCCGGCGCAGGCGUUUUUCCUCCCGCCGCCGCUCGGCGUUUCUCCGCCCCUGCCCCGUGGCCUCGCCGCCGCCUUCAUUCGCCUGCGACUGUGUCGCCUCGAGUGACGUCACGGGCCUCGGCCCUUCCCAUUGGCCCAUUUCAAUAGUCGCGGGAUACUUGAACUGCACGAACAGCCGCCGCUCCGGCGGGCUGCUCGCUACAUCUCGGGGGCUUCUUUAGCCUUCCACGCCCGGCGGUUCCUACCUACGCCUUUCGCAACCUCUUCGGAACUGCGCGAUCCCACGCGAGCAGGCUGGCCCGGGCUGCGGCGGCUGGUUACGGCUGGAGCGUUUCUCGGCGGUGUCGGCGGGACGGAGUACACGCUGCUUGGCGCCGCAGGCUGAUCCCGCCGCGACCCCGGGAGCAGUGAUGUUGGGCAGCUCCGAGCCCGGGCCUGCGGCCCGCGAGGCGGGCUCGUCGCUGCUAACAUUGCAGCAUACGGCGCUCCAAGAGGACCAGGAGAACAUCAACCCCGAGAAGGCGGCGCCCGCCCAGCAGCCCCGGACCCGGGCGGGGCUGGCGGUACUGAAGGCCGGGAACCCGCGCGUUCCAGCGCCGCAGCAGAGGCCCAAGACACGACGGGUUGCACCUCUUAAGGAUCUUCCUAUAAAUGAUGAACAUGUCACUAUUCCUCCCUGGAAAACAAACAGUAAACAGCCUGCAUUUACCAUUCAUGUGGAUGAAGCAGAAGAAGAGACUCAAAAGAGGCCACCUGAAUCUAAAAAAACCGAACGUGAAAAUGUCCUGGCUUUUAAUUCAGCUAUUACUUUACCUGGACCAAGAAAACCACUGGUACCUCUUGAUUAUCCAAUGGAUGGUAGUUUUGAGUCACCACAUACUAUGGACAUAUCAAUUGUAUUAGAAGAUGAAAAGCCACUGAGUGUCAAUGAAGUCCCAGACUACCAUGAGGACAUUCACACAUACCUUAGGGAAAUGGAGGUUAAAUGUAAGCCUAAAGUGGGUUACAUGAAGAAACAGCCAGACAUCACUAACAGUAUGAGGGCUAUCCUUGUGGACUGGUUAGUUGAAGUAGGAGAAGAAUAUAAACUACAGAAUGAGACCCUGCACUUGGCUGUGAACUACAUUGAUAGGUUCCUUUCAUCGAUGUCUGUGUUGAGAGGAAAACUUCAGCUUGUGGGCACUGCUGCUAUGCUAUUGGCCUCAAAGUUUGAAGAAAUAUAUCCCCCAGAAGUAGCAGAGUUUGUGUACAUUACAGAUGAUACCUAUACCAAGAAACAGGUCCUGAGAAUGGAGCACCUAGUUUUGAAAGUGCUUGCUUUUGACCUAGCUGCACCAACAAUAAAUCAGUUUCUUACCCAAUACUUUCUGCACCAGCCAUCUGCCAACUGCAAAGUUGAAAGUUUAGCAAUGUUUUUGGGAGAACUAAGUCUGAUAGAUGCUGACCCCUACCUAAAGUAUCUGCCAUCAGUUAUUGCUGCAGCAGCUUUUCAUUUAGCACUCUACACAGUCACAGGACAGAGCUGGCCUGAAUCUUUAGUUCAAAAGACUGGAUAUACCUUGGAAAAUCUUAAGCCUUGUCUCAUGGACCUUCACCAGACCUACCUCAGAGCACCACAGCAUGCACAACAGUCAAUAAGAGAAAAGUAUAAAAGUUCAAAGUAUCAUGGUGUUUCUCUCCUCAACCCACCAGAGACACUAAAUGUCUAACAGUGAAAGACUGCCUUUGUUUUCUAAGAUGUAAAUCACUCAAAGUAUAUGGUGUACAGUUUUUGUAAGGUUUUAAUUUUACAAUCAUUUCUGAAUAGAGUUAUGGUCAAGUACAAAUUAUGGUAUCUAUUACUUUUUAAAUGGUUUUAAUUUGUAUAUCUUUUGUACAUGUAACUAUUUUAGCUAUUUGGCUAAUUUUAAGUGCUUUUGUUAAAGUAUUAAAUGAUGCCAGCUGUCAGCACAGUAAGAAUAAGAACUAAUAAAUGGAUUUGGAAAAUUUGGUUUAAGUCAAAUCUGAUUUGACUUUAUGGUAUCACUCAGAAGAAUUAAUUUGAUUUACUACAGAAGGGAACUGGAAAGGCUUCUCCUGAAAUUAAAAAAUAGUUUUAGGAAAACAGAUAAAAGUUUGAACACUCAUUUUUCCCAAGGAACUGGAUCAAUUUGGUGACUUGAGCAUAAUCUAAGCAUAUCUGUAAUAAAUCUGUGCUUAUUUAUCAGUUGUGAUGAUCCUGAGACUCUUUCAGCCCUUUGUACACACUAAGAAAAUGCUUUUUCAUUCCUCAAUUU